AUGGCAGAAAUUACACCUCCGCGACCGUAUAAAUUAUACGGUCCCGUAUAUCUUAUACGAAUCCGUAUAAUUCCUACGGUUGCGGAGUUAUGUACCAAUCUAAAUUGUUUGGAGAACAUGGACGGGUCAGAGGUUAUGCAUCGUUUGUGGAAUCAGGAUCUUGCUGCUGUCCUGAACUUCCGACAUAUACUUAACAAUUUGAGAUAUGAUGGGAUUAUACCUGUAAGGUUCACCCGCGUUAUUCGGAUUGGACGUAUCAGAAGACAAGCAGAAGAAGAUCUCCAGGAGGGUCGUCGUUUGAGACAAAGACUGACUAGAAUUCAAAGAAGAUAG